AUGUCUCUCCCCUCCUCCUCCUCCACACAGACCCCCAUCACCACCGACUACGACUUCCCGCUCUCCCAUGUCCCAACACACCCCCGAGGCAGCACACGGGGACACAUCAGAACCGCCGCCGCACUCAUCAUAGGCGACGAAAUCCUGAACGGCAAGACUCUGGACCGCAAUUCGAAUUAUUUUGCCAGGUUCUGCUUCGAGCAGGGGAUCGCCUUGAAACGCAUCGAGGUUAUCGCAGACGACGAGGAUGAGAUCCUCGAGGCUAGUCGGAGGAUGGUGCAGAAGUAUGAUUUUGUAGUCACUUCGGGUGGAAUAGGUCCAACCCAUGACGACAUCACCUACGCCUCCCUCGCCAAGUCCUUCGACCAGAAUCUCGUAUACCACUCCGAGACCCUCCGGCGCAUGGAGGAGAUGAGCAAGCACCGCUCAUGGGUGGCUACGCAGACGGAGGAGCAGCGCACCGCGCGAAAACGCAUGGCCCUCUUCCCCGAGCGCGCCGAGGUCCUCUUCGUCGCUCGCGAUAUCUGGGUGCCCGUGGUCCGUCUAGAAGGUAAAUUGUGUAUAUUCCCUGGUAUACCGUCCCUGUUCCAGAAGAUGCUCGAUAACUUGACCCCGUUCUUACCACUACCUCCACAUCACGAACGGCCUUUCCGGCUACAGGUCUUCACACCACUGCCCGAAUCGUCCAUCGCGCCAUUCCUCACCGACCUCCAGAAGCGCGUUCAUCCGGAAGGUAUACGCGUCGGGUCCUAUCCAGUCUUGCAGAAAGGCGUGUACGUCUCGCUCAUCGGAUCGGACAGGGAGAGAGUGGGCGUGCUGGGUGCAGAGGUGGCGAGGGAGACGCAGGGCCGUACGGUGACUGAGGAGGAAAUGGAGGCAAAGAGGCGCGGUCAGACGCCUCCGGCCGAACAGUGA